UUAGUAUAGCUCGGUAACUCCAUCGCGCAUCAACAUGGCCUCAGCGAAAUUGCUACUUUUCACUGCCCUGGUGGCCCUUAUGGCCGCCCACAGCUCGGCGGGACUUCUGGACUACGUCUUCCCCACCAUUGUGUCGGAGUAUUACAACCAGGCGCCGACCAAGGAGGGAUACCGCUUCGCGUCGGAGGAGCCAAAUGGCAGCAAGCGCGAGGAGAUGGGCGUGAUCAUGAACCCCGGCACUCCCGACGAGCAACUGGUGGUCAUGGGUAUGUACUCCUCGUACGAUGAAAAGACUGACACCGAGACUGUGACGAUGUACACCGCCGACAAGGAUGGUUACAAGGCCCGUUACCAGAUCAAGAACCGGAAACUGAGCCCCGGAGCCCUGAAGUCCGCUGCUGGAUAAGGAGCUUGUAGAUUAGAGUUGUAAAUAAAUGAGUCCAAAAUAUAUGCUUGCUUGCUAAGAAUUUUC